AUUUUUAAGUAGAAUCAGUGUUAGUGUGACAACUGAAGUUACCGGUACCUGACUGCCUGCCGUCGCUGCUGGCCGUCCGUUCAUCGUUCGCCGAUCGUUUACCGUUCACGUUAUAAAGCGAUCGUUUGUUUUAUUUGGGAUUUGGGUAUAGCUCAACACAAAAAAGUUUUUUUGUUACUUUAGUUCGACCAAGCGCAUGCGGCUAUCGGUUUUGGAAAAGGUACUUGUGACGGAAUCGAAGACCAGAGAUUGUUUAUAGCUAUGGAAUUUUCACCACCGCAACUCUUUGCCAUUGUUGUGGCUUCAAUCGUAUUUCUGAUACGGAUAGUAUUUCUACGUGUGCGUCAUCAGCCGGGAGGACCAUUUGGUAUACCCCUGUUGGGCUAUUUGCCAUUCAUAGACGAGAAAGCACCAUACAAGACAUUGCAGCGUUUGGCUGUGAAAUAUGGUCCCAUCUAUAAGCUGAAAAUGGGCAAUGUCAAUGCGAUUGUAUUGUCGGAUGCUGCUUUGGUAAGGGAAUUCCUGAAACGUGAAGAAUUUACAGCGCGCGCACCAUUGUAUGUUACUCAUGGCAUAAUGGGUGGUUAUGGUCUUAUUUGCUCCGAAGGUCCUUUAUGGAGAGAUCAAAGACGUCACACAAUUGAUUGGCUCAAGGCAUUGGGUAUGUCGAAGAAAUUUGUCGAAAUGCGUAGUGGUCUGGAACAACGCAUCGCUAAGGGAGUCCAGGAAUGUGUACAGUGUCUUCAACAGGAUUCUAAGAACUUAUCAAUGGCUGUGAAUCCUCUGCCAGCACUUCAGCACACUCUGGGCAACAUAAUGAAUGACUUGGUGUUUGGCAUCACAUAUGCACGCGAUGAUGUCACUUGGCGUUAUUUGCAGGAAUUGCAGGAAACGGGCGUUAAACUAAUCGGUGUUUCGGGGGUAGUCAAUUUUCUGCCAUUCUUGAGAUUUUUACCCUCGAAUCGUCGUAAUAUUAAAUUCCUCUUGGACGGCAAAGCGAAAACCCAUCAAAUCUAUGAUGACAUUGUACGAAAAUGUGAAGAAAAGAUGCAAAAACGAAAAUUCCAACCAACGAAGGAAUCGCUGAAGAACACAUGUAUUUUGGAAUUCUUCUUGGAACAAAGAGAAGAAUUGAAAAAUCAUGUUGACCUCUAUCAUCGUUCCAAAUACGAUGAAUAUUUUUGCCCCGAACAGUUGCGCCAUCUAUUGGCUGAUCUAUUUGGGGCUGGAGUUGAUACCACUUUGUCUACCUUGAGAUGGUUUAUUUUGUACAUGGCCAAGGAGCAGGAGAUUCAAAAGGAACUGAGAGAGCAUUUACAAAAACUACCCAAAGACAAUAUUACCCUAAGCGAUUUAGAAGAAAUUGACUAUUUACGAGCUUGCAUAUCCGAAGUGCAACGCAUACGAUCGGUGGUGCCUCUGGGCAUUCCUCACGGCACAAAAUGGAAUGUGAAUGUCAAUGGCCAUGGCAUACCCAAAGAUUCCAUGGUGCUGCCGCUACAAUGGGCAAUACAUAUGGAUCCAAAGGUGUGGCCCGAACCCGAAACGUUCAAUCCUCAACGGUUUCUCAACGACGAGGGUGGCUAUCAAGCAUCUAUCAAUUUUAUUCCCUUCCAAACCGGAAAGCGCAUGUGUCUUGGUGAAGAUUUGGCACGAAUGAUGUUGCUCUUAUAUAGCGGUUUUCUGGUUAGAAAUUUCGAAUUCCAUUUGAGUACAGAUGAUGCAGAACGCGUUGAUGACAUUUUCGAUGGUGAAUGUGGCAUAACAUUGACACCCAAAGAAUAUCGUGUGACAUUGAAGGCAAUUAAAUAAAAAUGCAAUAUUUGUUUUUGUUUUUAAUUUUAGGUAUUUUUUCGUUUCAAAAAAACAUAUGUAUUUAGAUAUAUUUUUAGAAAAUUAUUAUUUUUUUUUUUAGAUUUUUUAUGGUUUUUUUUUGUAUUUUCUUAAGACAAUUUUUAUAGAACUUAAUUGGUAAAAAUAAAAAAAAAAAUAAAAUAAAAAAAAAUAAUUAA